UAGUUUUGUUCCUGUUCUAUUUAAUGUAUACACAUUCAAGCACAGGCUUUUCCUGGUUAAUUUGCAGUGGCCUAAUAACACUGGACUAAAUGCACUAACUGGCGCUGAAAUACUGCUUUAUAGCCCCGCUGUUAAGUAAAGGUAAAUUAUUAUCAAAGAUGAUGUUUACGGAGUCUCAGUGACGUCACGUGAUCCUCAGGCGGCGAAAUGAAAGUGAAUGUGAGCUCGCGUCUGCUUUGCUUCAAUGCAGAAUGAAACUCAGGGUGAGAAUCAACAAACAGAGCAGCAGACUGGAGCUGGACGGAGCAGAACCGACGCUGUCCGAGCUCCGAGCCCGGGUCAGAGACGCACUGCUGCCUCGGUGCGGACUGGGGUCUGACGUGGAGUUCAGUCUGUCUCUGAACGGUAAGGAGGUUCUGCUGGACACAGGACAGACGCUCUCCUCGUGCGGGGUUGUUUCUGGUGAUAUGAUCACUGUGAUUUUGCCUGAGCAGAUACAAACUGCCCCAGAAGCCCCGAGCGGGGCAGGAGGCGCAGCCGCGUCCAGUGAGGAGGUGAGCUCGGACAGCAGCGGUGUGAGGGAUUCUGGGAUGGAGGACUGGAUGGAGGAUGAGGAGGGUGUGUCUCCUCCGCUGCUGUGCUGUGAGACGGAGGAUGGAGUGAUUCCUCACGCUCUAGAGCGACUGCUGGACUCGUCCAGCUGCAGAAACACGUCCGACUGUCUGAUGCUGACAGUGCAUCUGCUGCUGCUGGAGACCGGCUUCCUGCCGCAGGGUUGUAAUGUGAACUCAGGUGAGAUGCCGAUUGGCUGGCGGGCUGCAGGGGGCGUGUACAGACUUCAGUAUGCCCACCCACUUCUGGAGAACAGCCUUGUGUCAGCGGUUGCCGUGCCGAUGGGCCAAACGCUCGUCAUCAAUGCUGUUCUUAAGAUGGAGAAGUCUAUGGAGAAUUCACGCAAGCUGGUGCUGAAACCAGAUGAUUAUGUGACUGCUGACUGGGCAGGUGGCUGCGCAGGUGUGGUCUACACAGACUUGCGCAGACUGUCGCGUCUCUUUAAAGAUCAGCUGGUGUAUCCGCUGAUGGCCACCGCCAGACAGGCGCUGGGUCUGCCGGCUCUCUUCGGUCUGGCUGUUCUUCCUCCCGAGCUGCUGUUGCGUGUGCUGCGGCUGCUGGACGUCGUCUCUCUCGUCUCGCUGUCGGCCGUGUGCCGAGACCUGAACAUCGCUACCCAUGAUCCUUCACUCUGGAGACACCUGCUGCACAGAGACUUCAGGGUGUGUUUUUCUGCAGGAAAUCAACAGCGAAACACUGACUGGAAGGAGCUUUACAAAAAGAAGUACAAGCAGAGGAAGGAGAAUGAGCGCAGGGGCAGAUGCCGCUUUUACCCGCCUCACGUGCCUCCGAUUUUCCCGUUCAGCCCCGUCCCAUCUUCUCCGCUUCCUUUUCCUCUCUAUCCUCCCGGCAUCAUCGGCGGAGAUUACGACCAGGCGCCCGUCAUCCUGCCCCGCCCACGCUUCGACCCCAUUGGCCCGCUCCCGGGUCAUCUGCCAGGAUUGGGCAUUCCCAUUGGCCGACGGAGCCUGAGGCCGGGAGGAAGUCGACUGGCGGAUGUCAGGAGAGGAUUCAUCUGAACACUUUAAAUGCUUAUUUUUCCAAAAGGGGAGAGGUCCAAUUAUUUUGAUGGUCCGAUUUUUUGGUUCUUCACGAAUUAAACAUUCCUGUGACAUUCAGAGCGACAAACACGACGCAAAGAUUAAUUACCCCGAAACAUUACAGAUGAUGCAUUUUAGAGCAAGAUGUGUUUAAUGCAUAAACAACAUUCAAUAAAAAGUUCAGAAUGAUCUUGAA